AUAUACAUAUAUAUGUAUGUGUGUUAUGUUAUGCUCGGCAUGCUUUUAUUUUUAAUCAGAGGGGAGGGGGUUCCUAGAAAGUCCCACCUCCUCCUGCUGUGUCUGCGAUGUAUCUGCUGAAUUUUAAACACUCGCCGCCACCAUAUUGGAAGGAGAAUACCGAAAACACGGACAUUACAAUAACAGCUUUGAUAAUAACCUCGGUUAUUAGGUUGGUCUGCAUUACCGAAUCUCCCCCCUUCUUUUCAUUUUUUUGGACCGGUCCAUCUUGAUGGCUUUCGUGGUAAAUAUUUAACUCGCAGUUUUUAACUAUUUAGCAGCGAAGCUCUUUUACUACUUAGCUAGUAAUAUGUUUAUAGAUAUAUAAAGCAUAGACCAACAUUUUUAAAAAAUGUGGAUAAUAUCUAUCUAAUCUUUUCAAAUGACUCGGUUUCUGUCCAAUAACAGAGGGGUUUGAAGGAGAGCUAAACCAGCGCGCGCGCGAGAGAGACUUCGCUCGCUCGCUCCAAAACAACGCCGCUGCUUUGCUAGCUCGCGCUCGCGCCUCAACUCAAGUUAGCAAAAGAAAAGAAAACAACAACAACAACAACCGCGCAGCUAGUUAGCUCGCUAACCAGUACACGUCAGGGUUCGUUAACUAGAGAAAUGGUUUAUUAGAAAGAAAAUCUCAUCAGGACUCGCUUCGCCAGUCCGCGUUUGCUUUCGGGAGUCGCUUUAUUUUUUCCCCCACUAGCUACGUCUACGCAGUCGGAGUGGAGAAGAUAACGUUAUAACUAGCUUAGCUUAGCUUAGUUUAGGAAACAGGAAGAGCCUGUCGUUUCCAUGGACAACACGUCCAUUAUAACGCAAGUUACGAAUCCAAAGGAGGAGGAGAUCCUAUCGUCGAAUCCUGAAAAAGUUUCGCUGUCCAGCAGCAGCCUGAAGAAGAAAAGUCACCGCAGUUUAUUCAGCUCCUUCUUCUGCUGCCUGCGGAGUUAUGAAGCCGAUCCUCCAGCCAGCACCAACAACAACACCAGCAGCCCUCUGCCUCCGCCCGUGGAGGAGAACGGAGCGCCACCGAAGUGUGAGCAGGCUGAGGUCAUCCCUGUGCCUGGUCCUCCGGAGAAAUACCUCCUCCCCGAGGUGAACAUCAAUGACUACGGGAAGAAGUGCGUGGUGAUAGACCUGGACGAGACUCUGGUGCACAGUUCGUUUAAGCCUAUUAGUAAUGCUGACUUCAUCGUUCCGGUGGAGAUUGACGGCACAGUGCAUCAGGUGUACGUCCUGAAGAGACCGCACGUGGACGAGUUCCUGCAGAGGAUGGGAGAGUUGUUCGAGUGCGUGCUCUUCACAGCCAGCCUAGCCAAGUACGCUGACCCCGUGGCUGACCUGCUGGACCAGUGGGGAGUGUUUCGGGCGCGGCUCUUUCGGGAAUCCUGCGUGUUCCACAGAGGAAACUACGUGAAAGACCUGAGUCGGCUGGGCAGAGAGCUGCGGAACGUCAUCAUACUGGACAACUCGCCAGCGUCCUACAUCUUCCACCCUGAGAACGCUGUUCCCGUGCAGUCGUGGUUCGAUGACAUGACCGACACCGAGCUGCUGGACCUGCUUCCGUUCUUUCAAGGACUGAGCAAGGAAGAGGACGUGUACGGAGUUCUGCAGAACCUCAGAGGCAGGUAGCAAGCUGCACCGUCCUGCCUUACCACCGAGGGCGUCCGUGCUCUCGCAGACUUCACCUCCCAGCAGCCCACUGCUCACUACACCGGAAGCGCAGACGCCGUGCUAUACCCCCCAACACCCCGUCUGCGGCUCCCACGGCGACGAACGUCCACUACAGACCUUUUACCGCGUACAAGAGACCCACUCGCUUAAGUGCUUAAUAACAAACCAAAAAAACCCCGCCAAACCCUUUCUUUCCCCAUGGAAACGAGAGAAUCCGGAUCUUUGGGUUGUCGCUAUGCAGGCGUUAAAGGACUGUGGGUUUUCUGUCCUCUUUGCUUACACAACGAAGUGCCUUUUUUGAAUGUCAUUUUUACUGGGAAAACAUUUUUGUACAUGAAAAUAUUUUCAGAAUUCUACUCUUUAAAAACAGAGGCAGGUUGUUAUGAUUAUUUUUAUUAUUAUUAUUAUUAUUAUUAUUUUGGUCAAAGGCAGUGUUAUCGAGACUGGAGGAUUCUUUUCUUUUAAUCGUCUCCAUCAGUGUUGUCGUUUUCUUUUGCGUGCACUCCUGCCAUCGUCGUACAGACGCCGUUCCCGUUUCUGGACGCGUGCGUCUGUUUGUGUCAUAAAAGCAAAGGGAUGCGUUCGCACCCGUUCGUUUUACACAGUCGGCUUCUCCGUCGUUUCACGCCGAGGCUCGUUUAGUUUUUACCGGGUUGCUGGAUCAUGGCGUGGGUCCUGUAACGGUGCAGAACACACCGACAAUCGAGUCGGGUCAUCUCGGAGCUCGUCCAGUGAAUAUCAUGGAUAUUCUGGAUAAGCCGAGUUUUAGUUUGUGUUUUUUUUAGAUUGGAUUUUAAAG